AUGUCAAGCCCGCUGGCGCUGCAGCGCCGCUCCGAGCUCUACCGCCAGUACAAGGAGGCGUCCAGCCGCCUCGUGUGCUGGCUCGUGAACACGUCGAACCGCGUCAUCGACGACCUCACCGCGCGCCGCGUCGCGGUCGAGCUCCCCCCGCCCAACACGACCGGCCAGGUGCGUCCCGCCGAGAUCGUCUCGCUCGCGCACCUGAUCGCCAAGUACCGCGCCGUUCCGUCGGCGAUCUCGAAUCUCCUCGGGCGCAUUAUCGACCUGCGCACCGAGACGGCCGACGAGUUCGCGCGCGACCUCCAGAGCAACCCCGACGACGAGCAGCUGCGCAAGAGCAACGAGGCCCACAGGCACUUCAUUGAUGUGCUCCGCCUGGCGCACAAGGCGCUCGGCAGCUGCGUCGCGUCCUCGAAGGAAGAAGACGUCGACGAAAACACCAAGGACGAGGUGGACAACAUCCUCUUCAGCAACUUUUUCGACGCCCUGCGUAUCGACGACUCCAAGGAGGAGGAGGACGAGGAGGAGGUGCAGGAGAAGCCCCCGCCGCGAAAGACCAAGGGCAAGAAGAAGCGCAAGGCGAAGGAGCCGGCUCCUAAACCCAGCGGCACGCUCGACCUGCCCGUCGAGGCGUACCGCGUCAUCCACGAGGGGUCCGGCUUCGACAGCGACUACCUCGUCGCCGUGUACGACCUCAUGCAGGAGGCGGCGAACCUGCGCCUAUACCUGCAGGAGGAGUGGUGGCGCGUCGCGUACGACAAGGCGAACUCUGCCGUCGUCGGUGCGGUCUCCGAGAUGGCCGUGCGGAUGGUGCAGAAGGCGGAGCUCGAGAUCUUCGUCGACUUUCCCGAGCCCGGGCACGACUGCUACGAGACGGUCGUGAAGACGCUGACGCGCGGGGACAUGGACGAGGCGGAGCGGCUGUUCCGCGUCGACAUGAUCUUCUACGGCUCGACGGUCGCGCAGACGACGGUUGACCUCCGCGAGCACCUGUGCUGGUACGCGUACGACGCGCUCGUCACGUUUGCGGAGGACUUCCAGCAGAACCGCACCGGGCGGCCGACGAAGCGCCUGCAGAAGCAGCUCGCAAACUGGGACCCCGAGCGCGACCUGCAGGCCGCGACGCGGGAGGAGCGCCUCGCGUGGCGCCGCGCGUACACCAUCAACUGGCUGUAUGACCUCGUCAACGUGUUCGCGUCCGUCACGACGCGCAAGCACAUUGGCAACGACUACGUGCUCGAGGAGGUCGACUGGUCGCCCGAGGGCCCGUGGGGCAGCGAGCGCCGCAUCUGGGGCAUCCCGCGCUUCGCCGGCUUCGUGACGGACAUUGCGUACAAGAAGCCGGGGACCAACAUCCGCGCGCGCAUCCGCCCGCACCACGUGUUCCAGCUGCAGUGCAUCGUCGACUCGUUUGUCGUGUCGCGCGGCUGGUCGCUGAGCCUGUUCACGGGGCACGUCCUCGCGGCGCCGUCCAGCUUUGUGCCGACGCGCGACUGCGACAUGUUCAUGGACCGCCACCACAAGCGCACCGAGUCGGGCUACAUCUGCGGCGUCGACACGGCCCGGCACUACCUCCGCCACCGGCGCACGCCGCAAUCCGUCCUCGAGACGAUGGACUUUGUGCUCGGCAGCCUGAUCAACUGGCUCGGCGAGUCCAAGCUCGCGCGCGACCCGGACGGCACGCUGCCCCCGUCGCGCUUCGCGAGCAAGAACGGCCUGCACGCGCACUCGCCGUAUCUGAACGGCGCGGGGCUCGCCGAGGCGCUCGCCGUCACGUCGAUGUACGGGCUCGCGCUGUGGGACCACACGCCCGAGGUCGUGUGCGUCGUCCACAUCUACAACAUGCUCCGCGUCAAGGGGUACCUCACGCGGCCGGACCCGAUGCUCGAGACGAUCUCGCACCUCUGGGCAACCGCGUUCUUCAAGGACGGCAAGCCGCCGACGGACGACCUUGCGCACGCGGUGUACGAGCGGUACCACGCCGAGGCGCCGCGCGAGAUGGCGCGCCGCCUCGCCGAGCUGCGCAGCAAGUACCGCGGGCGGCAGUUCAACGUGGCCAAGUUUGCCGACGCCGAGACAAACACGUUCUUCAACCGCAACAACCUCAUCGCCGAGCUGUACAAGGCCGACUGGGUCAUCGACCGCGUGCCCGACGCGUACCUGACCGACGAGAACCACGCGCUGACGUUCAUCUGCGCGAUGCAGCGGCACGAGGGCGAGGCAGCCCUGCGCCAGCGCGCAGAGCAGAUCGGCAUCCCGUGGGCGCGCAUGGCCGAGCGGCGGCGCGCGCUCCGCCUCUCGGAGAAGCCGCGCAAGUACGGCGUCGCCGGGUCGCUCGACGGCGCGCGCGACGUGCACAUCAGCGUGCGCAAGCACCACGGCAUCGCCUCCCGCUCCAUGCUCGAGUACGCCAACAUCGACCUCAUGGCCGAUGUUGGGGGCCGCUUCCCAUGCUCGGCGUUCAACCACCCGUCGAUGAUGAUCACUCUCAUGAUCAUCUUUGCGCGCCUCGAGGAGGCGCUCGACGGCACGCCGUACGACGACGAUAAGAUCGUCACGCGCGACGACGGCGAGGCGCGCAUCCACUGGACGCUGGCCGUCCUCGCCGCGGGCGACAAGGACGACAAGGAGGUCAUGCGCAAGCUCGCGGCCGGGUUUCCCCGCAUCUCGCACUUCCACCACAUCUACUGGGGCAAGCUCGUCACGGGGAUGGAGUUUGCGCACGCCAAGUCGCGCCCGAACCGCAACCUGCCCCGCAACCUCGAGACGCUCGAGCGCAACGCAGAGUGCACCCUCAUGUAA